GACUCCAUAAGCAGCACCCUUCACUCAGCCGGCUGACACUGAUUUCACUUUGUGCCGACUUUCCCUCUCCCCGCGUGAAACACAGGCUCCCGCGGUGCGGCUGAUCGAUGUUGAUCUGGAGGAUAAACCUUGUUUGUGUGCAGGAUUAGAGAAAGUGAAGGUGUCGCGAGGGCUUUGUGCGGGAGAAGAUCUCUGUACUCAUGGAUUACCUUGGUGGAGCCCCUGGGAAGUUUAGGGACUUCAAGAAGGAUGAGUUUGAGGUAGACUGGAUUAAGGUGGCAGAAUGCAGAUGGGGUCAAGUGUACCAGGUCAAAAUCAAACUCUGCCAGCAAAAAUGUGCCCUUAAAAGUUUUGACGCAACCUUGUCUGGGGACGACUUUUACAGGAGAAUAAUAGAAGAGGCAUCCACUAUAGCCAAAUUGAAAUUCAAGCACAUAAUGCCCAUUUACGGAAUGUGCAGUGAAGCAACUGCUAUCGUGAUGGACUACAUGAGUAAUGGAUCCUUGAACAGUCUUCUCGCCAGUCACAAUCUGAUGUGGCCAAAGAAGUUCCAGAUGAUUCACGAGGUCUCAAUGGGAAUGAAUUUCCUGCACAGCAUGAAACCUCCACUGCUCCACCUUAACCUGAAGACGUCCAAUAUCCUCGUGGACAACCAUCUCCAUGUCAAGAUUUCAGAUUUUUGUAUAAUCCACUGGGAGGAGGGCAUGAGCAAGACGUCUUUCAUGGAGCAUCUGACAGCAAGAGGGAACAUAAGUUACAUUCCUCCGGAGACCUUCACUCAGUGCCCUGAUCCUCCAGGAACUACCUUUGAUGUUUACAGCUUCGGAGUAGUGAUAUGGGAGAUUCUGACACAGCAGAAGCCGUACGCAGGGUACAACGUGACCACGGUGCUCUUAAAAGUGUCACAUGGCAAGAGACCCAGCAUGAAGGCGUUUCCUGAAAAGAAGCCCGUUGAGUGCGAGCAAAUGAUCAGUCUCAUGAAGCAGUGCUGGGACCGGGAUCCCGAGAAGAGGCCACCGUUCUCAGACACUGUGAAGAAAACAGAACCUCUGAGUGAAGUCCUGAAGAUCCCCGGGUCAGUCCAGAUUCACAAGAACAUUGAUGAGGGGCAGAAAUCAGAACCUCGGAUGGAUCCGCAGAAACAAAAAAUCACUCUGCCUGAGAUGUCUGUCUUGCCUUCAGAUGGCCAACACGGAAAGGACGACAUUCUCUCUCUUCUGACCAAUAAGGACUUCAGUAGUUUCAGGCAGUCUGUGAAAAAGGAGCAUGUGCACAAAGAGUUUUCAGAACAAAGGAGGCUCCUUCACUACGCAGUGGCCAGUGGUGAUACAGAGAGUGUCGAGCAUGUCCUGAGCCUGGGCGCUGAAGUCAACUGUGCAACUGUGAGAGGUUACACUCCUCUUAUUGUUGCUGUUCUACACAGGCUUCAUGACACCGUCUCUUUGUUGCUGGAAUAUGGUGCUGAUGCCACCCAGGGAGAUGAGGACCACUGGACGGCGCUUCAUUUCGCUGCUCAGAAUGGCGAUGACAAGACAAUCCGUCUCCUGUUGGACAAAGGAGCGGUGGCAGAUGCCCGGGAAAAAGCCGGCUGGAUGCCCCUCCAUUUGGCCUGCCAGAAUGGCCAUGAAGCAGUGGUCCGCCUGCUGCUUUCACGGCUGUCGCAGGAAGCUAUCGUAGAAAAGGAGGAGGCACAAGGAAGAACCUCACUCCACCUCGCCUGCGCCUACGGGCAUCUGAACAUUGCCAAGCUCCUCCUCUCUCAAGGAGCAGAUCCCAAUGCGACCGACUUUUCUCACUCCACUGCUCUUCACUUAUCAGCUGAGCAAGGCUAUAACCGAGUAGUCAGACAGCUGGUGAAGAGUGGGGCGAAUGGUGACAGCGCAGACAGCAGAGGAUACACUCCACUUCAUCUGGCUGCUCUCAAGGGUCACACGGGUAUAUGCAGGCAGCUGCUGUCAAACGCAGCCCGACCAGACUCUAGGACCCUCCAAGGCUGGACUCCCAUGCACCUGGCUGCCCUAAAGGGACAUGAAGCCACGGUGGUCCACCUGCACAGUGAGGGUGGUUCUGUGAAUGCAAGAGGUGACAAUGGAUGGACUCCACUCCACCUUGCCUGCCAACAGAGCGAGUCGGAAGUGGUGGCAAAGCUCCUUGAAGCCAAAGCCGACCCAAACAUCCCCGAAGACAGCAUGGGAUGGACCCCGCUUCACCUAGCCUGUAACAGCGUCAAUUUCCAAAGCGUCCUCCACCUGAUAGCGCAUCACACAGACGUCAACGCUGUAAAUGCAGAGAAGUCUUCGCCGUUACAUUUGGCUGCCCUGCAUGGCUGUGUUCCCAUUGUAAAGGCUCUGCUACUGAAUGGAGCAGACCGGACAUUGCAGGACUCUUCCGGUUCCACGGCUCUGAAUGUCGCCCAGCAGUGUGAAAAAUGGGAAAUAGUGGAGCUAUUGGAAAAGGAAGGUUGACUAUAUCAAACUUGGUGAAACCAAUAUGAGCAAAGUGCUAGCACUAACAUGUUAACAUUCAACUGAAACAUUAUCCUCCUUUUGAGUUGGGCUAAUGAAGACAUAGUUAUAAAAAUAUAUUAUAUUAUUAUAUACAUAUUUCAUUUGACGCUGAUUUUCUUGUAUUAUUUCAAAAAUAAAUGUGCAUUUUUGUACAAUUUCACCAGUAAUUUAACUUUUGCAUAAGUGCAACAGAAUAUAUGGAAAUUAUAUGAGUGAAGCAACAGAUGGGGUCAGAAUCAGGUGAUGUAUCCUACUGAUUCCUCAACAAUGGAAAUGAGAGUAGUCACUGCUGUGAAAAUGACUUAUUGAAGCUUUCAUUUGAUUAAAGCUGCAGCCCUUUGUGGAGGUAUUAUUUGUCUAAAAAUCUGUUUAAAGCACAGCUGACGGAAUCCAGGCUGGCAUUUUAAACAGCAACCCGUGUAAUUCUUGGACCAUAAAUGCACGAGUGACUAGCCAAGACAAUUGAUUAUCAAUCAUUCCCCAAUCCCAAAAGACAGAAGGAAGCACUGCCCAGCUCAUGCCACUCACACUCACCACAGCCCUGUGUAAUUUAAUUGAAAUGAAAUUCAUAGAUUCAGGAGCUGUUUUGACCUGCACGUUCACAGGAUUUUUCCCGGAACCCCUAGAGGCCAACGCUGAUGAACGGGGUCGGAGUUUAGCUGCAUCAAAUUACUGUAGAUGAACAGAGCAGAGUUAAAUAAUUGGACUAGAUUUUUUUGUUUUCUGUUAUUUUUAUUAUUUUUUUUCCUUUCUAUUUUUGGCAAGGGAAUGUCUGCAGUGUCAGUUUUGCAGUCUGCAGUCAAUUUUUUUCUCAUGACAUGUCUGACCCUGAGCAUAUUAGAUGCUGUCUGUUAGCGUCUCUGGGCUGUCUCUGAGCGUUAUAUCAUGACAACAAGGAGCCAUCAAUCCUCUUCUAAUCCUAUAGCGGCAUUACAAUAAUUGGAAAAAGGCUUUAUAUGUGUCAUCGUGUUUCUGGUCACCUUACCAGUACCUGUUAAAAUCUAACCCAGGAAAAUAUUGUGCAGAGAAAGACUUCAUAGUUACACUAAAAGAUUCAGGCCCUGAAACUAAGUAUUUAUUUAAAUUGGCAGACUGAUAACAUUAUGUACAUUUUAAUUAUAUGGAUGCAUAUUCCCUUGACACGCUCGAUUUCAAUUUAUUUUUCUAUCAAUUUUACGCGCUUGAGCAUGCUUGGAUUCUGAUAAACAACAUCCUGAAUUAUGAUGCA